AUGAGAUAAUACUAUCUCCUCCAGCUAUUAUAUAGUCUCCUUUUUCUCUUUUCUGCUUUCACAUAACAUUUCCCCUAUAAUCACACACAUAUCCACACCAUCAUUCCCACCAACAUAAAUAAUCUUGAUCAAACAUACACAUAAUAGAACCAGAUUUCAAGAACAAGACCAAGCUAUCAAGAUUAAGAACAAGAAAAGCAAAAAGAGACUUCACUAGGAGAAGAAGAAUGGGAAGAGCACCGUGUUGUGACAAGGCGAACGUGAAGAAAGGACCUUGGUCUCCAGAGGAAGAUGCAAAGCUCAAAUCAUACAUCGAAACGAGUGGCACUGGAGGAAACUGGAUCGCUUUGCCUCACAAGAUUGGUUUGAAGAGAUGUGGGAAGAGUUGUAGGCUGAGGUGGCUUAAUUAUCUAAGACCAAACAUCAAACAUGGUGGCUUCUCAGAGGAAGAAGAAAACAUUAUUUGUAACCUUUAUCUUACUAUUGGUAGCAGGUGGUCUAUAAUUGCUGCUCAAUUGCCUGGACGAACAGACAACGACAUAAAGAACUAUUGGAACACGAGACUCAAGAAGAAGCUUAUUAUUAAACAACGCAAGGAGCUUCAAGAAGCCUGUAUGGAGCAACAAGAGAUGAUGGUGAUGAUGAAGAGACAACAACAGCAACAACAACAACAACAGAUCCAAACCACUUUCAUGAUGAGACAAGACCAAACAAUGUUCACAUGGCCACUUCAGCAGCUUCCUCAUCAUGAUAACGAUGACCAAUUACCAGAUCUUUUCAUGAAUCAAACCAACUCGUUUUGUGACCAAGAAGAUGUUAAGCCAGUGAUCAUCAAGAACAUGGUCAAGAUCGAAGAUCAGCAACCCGAGAGAACAAACGCUUUUGAUCAUCUCUCCUUCUCUCAACUUUUGUUAGAUCCUAAUGAUAACCACUUAGGAUCAGGAGAAGGUUUCUCCAUGAACUCGAUCUUGAGCACCAACACAAACACUCCAUUGCUUAACACAAAUAUCAAUCAUCAGUGGUUCGGAAACUUCCAGACCGAAGCCAUGGACUUGUUUUCGGGAGCAACAAGUACUUCCGCAGAUCAAAGCAUCAUACGUUGGGAGGACAUGAUAAACUCUGUUGUUUAUUCUGAUUCAAAGCAAUGUUGUUAAUUAAUUAUUCCUAAGAUGAAACGUACAUCAAUAUUUUAUAUAUGUGGGGGUAAUACAAGCCUAGGGUAAGUAUAUGGGAUGAGAAUGACGAUCAAUAUAUUUUGUAUAAAUUUAUUGAUAUAUAGCUUUAGUUUGAAUUCGACGAUGUUAAAAUAGAUCCUAACGUACUAUAGUCGCAUCUGGAUAGACGAAUUUUUGUGAUUGUUAAUUUCUUUAAUAAGAACUUGUAUGGCCGUAUGGUUGCU